GGAUCAGGUUCUCACCAACCAGAGCCCUGAUUGGAGGACGGAAAGGCACUAGAGCCCAUUGGGCGCCAGCGGCGGUCGGGCGGCGAGGGGCGGGGGAAGCCAAAGGCCCCUCUGCCUCGCCCGCCCCCACCUUCACCAAAGUGCGCCCCUCCCCCAGCUAAAGGAAUGGUCUCCCAGCUCCAGCACUGCACUCCCUGACCCCAAGGCUGGAGGUGCGGCCUCACUGGAUAUACCCGGAGCAGAGGGAAGCGCAAUUAUCCCCUUGCUCUCCUGAUCCAUGCACAGGGAGACCCACGCCCCGCAGCGGCCCCCCAGGCCUCCCUGCAACACCCGGUAAUGCAAUCCACGGGGGCGGGGGAGGCGGCGGCAUCGGCAGCAAAGGCGGCGGCAGCAGCAGCAGCAACACUGCCCCAAUCUAGAGACAACCAGAAAGAGGAGGAAAAUGGCUCCGAGCAGGGACCGCCUGCUGCACUUUGGGUUCAAGGCGACAAUGUUCUCAAAUAGUGAUGAAGCUGUAAUCAAUAAAAAACUUCCCAAAGAACUCCUAUUACGGAUAUUUUCUUUUCUGGAUGUUGUUACCUUGUGUCGCUGUGCUCAGGUCUCCAGGGCCUGGAAUGUUCUGGCUCUGGAUGGCAGUAACUGGCAGCGAAUUGACCUGUUUGAUUUCCAGAGGGAUAUUGAGGGCCGGGUAGUGGAGAAUAUUUCCAAAAGAUGUGGGGGCUUUUUACGAAAGUUAAGUCUUCGUGGGUGUCUUGGCGUAGGAGACAAUGCAUUAAGGACCUUUGCACAAAACUGUAGGAACAUUGAAGUACUGAAUCUCAAUGGGUGUACAAAGACUACAGACGCUACAUGUACUAGCCUUAGCAAGUUCUGUUCCAAACUCAGGCACCUUGACUUGGCUUCCUGUACAUCAAUAACAAACAUGUCUCUAAAAGCUCUGAGUGAGGGAUGUCCACUGUUGGAGCAACUGAACAUUUCGUGGUGUGACCAAGUAACCAAGGAUGGCAUCCAAGCACUAGUGAGAGGCUGUGGAGGGCUCAAGGCCUUGUUCUUAAAAGGCUGCACACAGCUAGAAGAUGAAGCACUGAAGUACAUAGGUGCACACUGUCCUGAACUGGUGACUUUAAACUUGCAGACUUGCUUACAAAUCACAGAUGAAGGCCUCAUUACUAUAUGCAGAGGGUGCCAUAAGUUACAGUCCCUCUGUGCCUCCGGCUGCUCCAACAUCACAGACGCCAUCCUGAACGCUCUAGGUCAGAACUGCCCGCGACUUAGAAUAUUAGAAGUGGCAAGGUGUUCUCAAUUAACAGAUGUGGGCUUUACCACUCUGGCCAGGAAUUGCCAUGAGCUUGAAAAGAUGGACCUGGAAGAGUGUGUUCAGAUAACAGAUAGCACAUUAAUCCAACUUUCUAUACACUGUCCUCGACUUCAAGUAUUGAGUCUGUCUCACUGUGAGCUGAUCACAGACGAUGGGAUUCGUCACCUGGGGAACGGGGCCUGCGCCCACGACCAGCUGGAGGUGAUUGAACUGGACAACUGCCCCCUCAUCACAGAUGCGUCCCUGGAGCACUUGAAGAGCUGUCACAGCCUUGAACGGAUAGAACUCUAUGACUGCCAGCAGAUCACACGGGCUGGGAUCAAGAGACUCAGGACCCAUUUACCCAAUAUUAAAGUCCACGCCUACUUCGCACCUGUCACUCCACCCCCAUCAGUAGGGGGCAGCAGACAGCGAUUCUGCAGAUGCUGCAUCAUCCUAUGACAAUGGAGGUGGUCAACCUUGGUGAACUGAGUAUUUAAUGACACUUCUAGAGUUACCGUGGAGUCUCCAGUGGAAGCGACCCCAGUGUUCUGGGCAAGGGUUACAAAGUGAGGGCAGUGUCUAGAUUCCCAGAGCCACACAUGCAUACACAUACCCACCCUCACUCCCACCCACUCUAGCUCUGUGACCAGGGGACUGAAGUUUGUGCUGGCUUUAUCAAGUGGAUUGGUAAAACUUAACCAUUCCUGUUGGACGUGCCCAGAAGAAAACCAUAGGCACGGUAGAGGGAAGGAGGUAUUCCAGCAAACCCAGUGUUACUGCUACUGCAGUUUUCUUUGUUUUCUUAGGGGGUUUCUUUGGUGAUUUUGGAAUAGCAGCUGCAGUCCUCCGGAGUCAAGGAAUGCAUAAAAAAAUAUAUAUGUUGUAGCCAGGGACCAGGAAGAAAAUUUCUUUGCAUCCUAUAAAUGGUAGCCAUCCACUGUGAGAUGACUACAGAGCUUCUGUGCUUCCUUAUUCCCAUGCCAACAUGCUGAGCAUGCUCACAAAGAAGGCUUGUCCAUUCCUCCUCUUGUGUUUUAGUGUUUGGCCCAGAAGUUUCCUAAAUGGUUGCAUUGAAAUCACUGUGGGCCAAAUGUGAUUACUUAUUCACGCAAAUUGUCACUCUCUGUAGUACACUUGUGCACCUGUCUUUCAUUCUCUGUUGCUCCCUCCUGCACUCUUGCUCAGUCUGUCACCUGUUGAUAGUCUGCUUACUCACACUCAAUUGUUACUCAUUUGCUGCUGUUGUGUUUACAGUUUGCAUUUUUGAUGAUUAGUUGGGGUUACCAAACAUUUUUAAAAGAGACAUUAUCAAUAAAUAUUUUUUUAAUCCUAAAAA